GUGAAUUCCGCUUCCAGUCGAUUGACUCCAAGCUGUCCAUUGCCUUGCAGAAUAUGGUGGAUGCUGCUGGUGAAACGGCAUUCGAGGUCAAGGAUAGGAACAUUGCAGCCAGGGACAAGUUUGCCACUGACUACACCAAUCUUGGUAAGCCAACGACUCCUGCACCAAAGCCUGCGGCUCCAACUCCUGCGCCAAAGGAUGGCAAGACCGGAAAGCCGAGUGCACCAGCACCCAAAGGUAAGCCUGGGGCCCCAGUUCUUCCUUCUGGCAAUCCUAAGUCACAGACUCCUGGUGGAAAGAAGGACCGCAACUGCUACGGGUGGUUGAAGGGGGACUGUCAGAAGGGAGACAAAUGCACUUUCAAGCAUGAUCCAAGCAUGAAAGGCAAGAGAGCUGCCCCUUCGACGAAGACAUCCGAUGCCAAGGCCACUCCUGCGUUGGUCCGAAAAUACGAUGAUGACAUCAUUGCGAAGGCUGUGCCGAGCGAGAAGAAGAACAAGAUGGAUGUCAAGUUCAACUACCAUGUGGAUGGGCACGAGUAUGUGAAGCCUGACUUUGUGGAAUGUUCCAACAGAAAACCGAGAAGGAAGACGAAGAAGAAGAAGCGUUCCAGACGAAAGACAGAGUUCAAGCGCAUGAUGGAGGAAGUGGACAUCAAACUCGACAAAGAGAAAGACGAUGGACUUGAAGUCGUUGAUGGACCUCCCAUGCCUCCUCCUGAUGGCGAACAUCCUUAUGACGGACCUGAACACCAUUCAAUGGGCAAACCUGGUGACGGUAUCAUCUACCUCAGCGACAUUGGCGAGCAUGUCAAACUCGACAAACGUGGACGACCUUAUCGAGUUGGUCCAGAUGGUCGCAAAGAAGUAAGAGGAUCACCAAGACCAAAGAGUAGCCACAGCCCCGAAGAAUGGAGAUCACUAUCCGCCAAGGAGAGAGAUGUCAUCAUUCGUCGUGGAAAGCUUGAAGAAGAAGCUGAGAAGCUCAAGGAGAUCAAGUUGAAGAAAGAGAAAGAGAAGAAAGCCAAAGCAGAGAUUGCUGAAAAGAAGAAGAAGAAGAAGUCCGAGGCUAGUUCACACAAAGAUCCACCAAAAGACGAAGGACGAAAGAAGAAGAAAAAUAGUAAUAAAGAUUCGAAGGAGAGCUCUCAGGCAAAGAUGGCGGCAAGGACGCUGCUGUCGGCGUGGGGAUGCUCCGAG